GUUUUGUUUCCUGCCGGAGUCAGUUCACUGACGGACCUUUCUGUUUCCGGGUCUGGGAGCAGAGCAGCAGUGUGACUUCAGAGGAAGCUUCUUUCUGUCGAAAUGCAGGACCCAAAUGAAGACACAGAGUGGAAUGAUAUCCUGAGGAAGAAAGGCAUCCUUCCUCCCAAAGAGGUUCCUAAAGACGAUGAAGAGGAGGAGCUGGCUCUCCAGCAGCAGUCUGUCGUUAAAACGUACGAGGACAUGACGCUGGAAGAACUGGAUGACAACGAAGAUGAGUUUGGUGAAGAUGAUGAGGCUGCCAUUGAGAUGUACAAACAGAAGCGUCUUGCCGAGUGGAAGGCGACUCAGAUGAAGAACAUUUUCGGGGAGAUUAUUGAAAUCUCAGGGCAGGACUACAUCAAAGAGGUCAACAAGGCCGGGGACGGCAUCUGGGUGGUGCUGCACCUCUACAAACCCGGCAUCCCUCUGUGCACCCUCAUCAACCAGCACCUGAGCUCGUUGGCCAGGAAGUUCCCCCAGACCAAGUUCGUCAAGUCCAUCUCCACCACCUGCAUCCCCAACUACCCCGACCGCAACCUGCCCACCAUCUUCGUCUACCUGGAGGGAGAGAUGAAGGCCCAGUUCAUCGGGCCGCUGGUCUUCGGGGGCAUGAACCUCAAAGUGGAAGAGCUGGAGUGGAGGUUAUCAGAGCCCGGAGCGGUGAAGACGGACCUGGAGGAAAACCCCAAAAAGCAGAUCGAAGACAAGCUGAUGUCGUCGAUCAGAAGUUCGCUUCCUACAGGGAGGGACAGCGACUCUGACGACGAGGACUAGUAGAAACCCAGAGGACCGUCUCCUUUAUCAGCAUAUACAUUUCAUAUUUUUUAACCAUGUGGCUCGUGUGCGGAGCUCAAUCCUGCUCAAGGACACCUGGACGGGACUCUUCUGUGAGGAAAAGCAGCACAACAAUCUCUCUUUUGUAGUUUAAAUAAACGUCCAACGGCUUCUCCCGAAAUCUUUACACAAAGAAAACUAUAAAGACAAAUUGUAACUUUUUUUUUUAUUACGUUUCAUGAUAUUUAUGUCACAAAAAUGUACAUUUGAAUCUGUUGGAUUAAAUGUGAGUU